AUGACGGAGGACAUGUUGGGUGCGGACAUCUGCCGGGUCUGUCGAUCUGAGGGCCUGGCCGACAGACCCUUGUUUCAUCCUUGUAUAUGCACGGGUAGCAUCAAAUGGAUACAUCAGGAAUGUCUAGUGCAAUGGAUGCGCUAUUCGCGCAAGGAAUACUGCGAGCUCUGUGGUUACCGCUUUUCAUUCACGCCUAUAUACAGUCCGGAUAUGCCGCGACGUUUACCAUUGAGAGACGUCGUAGGUGGUUUGUUCUCGAGCAUCGUCACCGCUGUGAAAUACUGGUUACAUUACACACUGGUGGCAAUCGCGUGGUUAGGAAUCGUUCCUUUAACCGCGUGUCGCACAUACAGAGCUCUCUUCAGUGGGCCACUUGAUUUAGUUCGAAUAAUGUCCUUACCAAUGGAUAUGCUCUCCACCGAGAAUAUAUCGUCAGAUGUGUUCCACGGUUGUUUUGUAGUUACUUGCACUCUGUUCGCGUUUAUCGGCUUGGUAUGGCUGCGCGAGCAGAUUUUACAUGCGGGCGGCCCAGACUGGCUCGAGAGAGAUAUACAGUUGCCUCCUGUCGACAAUCCGCCACAAGCAAACGCACAACGACCACAGCAACCUCAGGAACAGCGCGCUAUGCCGCAAGAAGUCCAGGACAACAAUAACGUCCCUCCUUUCAUUGAUCCGCCUAUCCCACAAGAGGGAGAGCUACACAAUGAAGAUCAACGUCCUAUAUACCGAGAAGCAGAAAACUUAGCCAAUAAUCCACGAAUUGGCGAGCCCGAGGAUCUAGUGAGAGACGUACAAGCACCAGUUCCUCCCGCACCACCCCUUCCAAUCAGGGACGAACUUGGCGUAGAUGGUGGACAGGCAAAUGCCGCGGGUGGCGAGCGUUGGGCGAGACACGCGGCAGUACAGGCACACCUAGUAGGGCAGGCACAGGGUGAAGCUGAAGAAGCUAAUUGGAAUCCUAUGGAGUGGGACAGACCAGCCGAAGAAUUAACUUGGGAACGUCUUUUAGGAUUGGAUGGAUCUCUUGUCUUUCUUGAACAUGUCUUCUGGGUUGUGUCCCUAAACACCUUAUUUAUCAUGGUAUUCGCUUUCUGUCCGUAUCACAUCGGUCAUUUUACUAUAGCAGGAUUGGGCUUGCAGGAACAUGCAGCCGCUUCGCACUUUGAGGGCCUGGUGACCACGCUGUGCGGUUACUGCGUUAUCGGAGUUUGUCUGGUGGUCCUCCACACUCUCGCCGCAUUAUUAGGCUUUCAGCGUUCUCAGCGAAUCUUAGGGCUCUGCUACGUUAUUGUCAAGGUCUCCUUACUCUCAGUCGUGGAGAUUGGUGUACUUCCAUUAGUUUGCGGCUGGUGGUUGGACAUUUGCUCAUUAGCGAUGUUCGACGCUACGCUCAGAGAUAGGGAAUCCUCAUUUAGAGUCGCUCCUGGCACGUCUAUGUUUAUCCAUUGGCUAGUGGGGAUGGUUUACAUAUAUUAUUUUGCGUCAUUUAUUCUUCUUUUACGCGAGGUCUUGCGGCCUGGGGUUCUCUGGUUUUUGCGAAAUCUGAAUGAUCCCGAUUUCUCCCCUAUACAAGAAAUGAUACAUCUUCCCAUAUUGCGACACGUACGGCGUCUAGUCGCGUCCGCGAUUAUAUUUGGCACGGCGAUUUUACUGAUGUUAUGGCUACCCGUGAAGAUUCUAAGAUGGGCUUGGCCAGGAUUUUUACCCUAUACCGUGACUGUACAAAGCGAAGCUCAGAUUAGUGAGCUUUCGUUAGAGCUGCUUCUGCUACAAGUGAUCCUUCCCGCGCUAUUGGAACAGUCGCAUACGCGCACAUGGCUGAAAGCCCUUGUGAGAGCGUGGUGCCGCGUGGUGGCGUGGAUGCUAGAUUUGCAGUCAUAUCUUGUACGAGAUCAGGCGGAUGAUCCGGGACCAGCGGUGAUCGAGGAGCCGCAACAUCCGGAUUUGGGCGCCGCUCAUCAAGCGCUGCUGCAGAGAGAGGGACCCACGGGAUUUCAACCUUACAUCAGACCGCGGUGGUUCCCCGCGAGAUUGGUCGGAUUACUAUUCUGCGUUUGCAUGUCCCUCGUAAUCGCCAGCUUAGUCGCUAUGACGCUACCUGUAUGGCUUGGACGUAGAGUGAUGGCGUUGUGGAUGGUAGGGGCGCCUGCUCCGUCGCCGCCUGUAUUAGCCCCUACAUUAACCGGAUCUGAUGGUGGCGAAACUGUGGGUUCUCUAUCCGGAAGAGUACACGAAGUGUACACAAUAGCCUGCGGGACGUAUGUAUGUUGGGCCGCAGCUCGAGGCUUAGCAUUGGCGUUCUCCUGGCUGCCCCGCGGCCGAAGAGUUAUCGUAGAUCGGAUCAAACAUUGGGCAAUUUUGGCCGUGAAGGCCUCGGUGGCGUUUGUGUUACUCGUCGGAGUCAUACCACUUCUGUUCGGUCUUCUCCUCGAAUUAGUGGUGGUAGUCCCGUUGCGUGUUCCGUUAGAGCAAAAUCCGAUCUUAUUCAUCUGGCAAGAUUGGGCCUUGGGCGUACUUUACACAAAAAUAGCCACCGCUGUAACGAUGAUGGGGCCGGAUUGGCGAAUACGUCUUGCUAUCGAGCGGGCGUACAACGAAGGGUUAAGGGAAAUGGAUCUAAAGUUUGUCAUCAAGGAAUUAGCGGCCCCCGUUAUAUGUUGCUUCGGCCUCGCCCUCGCGGUCCCGUACGCCGUGGCCUAUGGAAUAGUUCCACUUCUCGUGACUAAUCUGCAGACCCAGAUUCUCAUCGCCAGACGUCUAUAUCCUUUUCUUCUUUUAAUAAAUCUGGUCGGCGCAGUGAUUUGCUUUCAGGUACGCCAGUUCAAGAAGCUGUAUGAGCAUAUUAAGAAUGACAAGUAUCUCGUGGGACAAAGGCUUGUGAAUUAUGAGCAUCGUAACAAAUCGUCACAGACCCAGCAGCAUCAAUCGCAGAGAUCGAGCUAACGGUGUCAAUAGGCAUAAUAUUGUUACGGGCGAAAGACGGAUUAGAAAUAGCUUCGUGUACAUUCUUUAAUAAUUACUUAUACUGAUUGAUAAUUUAUAUUAUAUAUACAUACACAUAUAUCUAGUAAACCACGAAUAUAACUGACAGAAUAACAUAUAGAUGUAAAACCAUUAAUUUACGUAUAUGCUAUAUAGCAGUUAUAUCUGUGUUUGCUGGAUAUAUAACCAUGGUUUUAUUUUUAAUAAUAUAAUUUAUUGAUGUAAAGCGAUACCGAAUAAAUCAAAGACUGUUAUCCAGUGUA